AUGGCAAUGUUUAGAUCUAUCUCGGUGCCAAUGUUGCUCUUCACUCUAGUUUCAUGCAUUUCUAUGGCUUCUUCCGAUGCAUCCCCAGAAUCCGAAUUUGUUAAGAAGACCAUCUCUUCCCACCAGAUCGUCAUCUUCUCCAAAUCAUACUGCCCGUAUUGCAAGAGAGCAAAAUCUGUCUUCAAAGAGCUGGAUCAGGUUCCUUAUGUUGUGGAGCUUGAUGAAAGAGAGGAUGGGUGGAGCAUCCAGACUGCACUUGGAGAGAUCGUCGGAAGACGAACAGUACCACAGGUUUUCAUUAACGGAAAACACAUCGGUGGAUCAGACGAUACCGUAGAUGCACAUGAGAGUGGGGAACUCGCCAAGCUUCUUGGUGUAUCCGGAAACACAAAAGCUGAACUCUAG